AGUUGGGCUUGAAAAUUGUUUAAUAACGAGUGUGGAUUUUUUCAAAAGUAAAUGUUGCCUACCGGCAACAUUGGUCAUAAGAGGUUCGCAAGUAAUAAAUUGUUUGUACUCAUUAGGCAUGCGUCCGAAGGGAUUAAGCGAAUUGGAAAUUCAAAAAAUUUGCGAAUUCGAUUGGGAAGAUUCAAACGACGAAGAUGAAAAUGAAGGGGAGGAGGAUAAAAUGGAUGUCUUGGAGGCAUUCAUAGAAGAAAGUCUGCAGGACAUAAUACAGCAAGGUGGAAAUAUUGAAGAUGAGCUUAUGAAAAGUACCGUGCUUAAUACAAUACAAAGCGACUUUGAUGAAACAGUCCAACAAAUUUAUGAAAAAAUCGAUUUAAAUAGUUUGAGAUGGAGACAUGCCUUAAAAGGAAAGGAGAUGGACACUGAAUGGAAAAGCCAUGUGACUGCAGGCAUCAUAAAAAGUCCCGUUGAAUAUUUCAAUUCAUUUUUGGAUGAUGACAUUUUCGAAAAGAUAUGCUUGGAAACUAAUAAAUACGCCUUUCAAGAUAAAGGAGUGGAGCUGAAGUGUGAGGUAUGGGAGUUGCGAAGAUAUAUAGGCAUACUGCUCUACCUAGGCGUAGUCAAAAUUCCAACAACGCGUAUGGCAUGGACAAAUAAUUUUAAGUUAUCCGCAGUAUCAGACGCAUUGCCACGGAAUAGAUUUGAAAAAAUAAAAUCAAAUUUUCACAUAAAUGAUAAUUUAAAGCAACCCGGGAAAGGAGAAGAUAACUAUGACAAACUUUAUAAGAUCCGUCCCUUACUAAAUAAAUUAAAAGAGAAGUUUAAUGAAAUAUCCCAAGAGGAAUACCAAAGCUGUGAUGAACAGAUGAUUUCCUUCAAAGGUCAUCAUAGUUUAAAGCAGUACCUCCCUAAAAAGCCGCACAAGUGGGGCUUUAAAAUGUUUUCUAGAGCUGGGGUGUCUGGCAUUAUAUAUGACUUUUGCCUUUACGUUGGAGACGGAACCUGUAAGUCUUAUGGACUUGGACUGUCUUCAGAUAUUGUUUUGCAUUUAGCUUCAAACAUUCCUGAAAAUCAAAAUUUUAAACUAUUUUUUGAUAACUGGUUUACUUCAGUAAGCCUAAUGAUAGCAUUAAAGGAAAGGGGUAUCUUAGCAGUUGGCACUAUUCGCAAUAACCGUCUAAAAAAUGUCAAUCUUCUUAAUGAAAAACAGUUAGCUGACAAAGGCAGGGGAUCUUUUGACAUAAAGGUCGAAGGAACUUAUAACUUGAUCUCGUGUCGCUGGUAUGAUAACAAAUGUGUUCAGCUUCUUUCAAAUUAUAUUGCUGAUACACCAGUUUCUGAGUGCAUGCGUUGGUGCCGCAAAGAAAAAAUCAUGGUUAAAAUACCUCGGCCAGCUAUUGUAGAUAGGUAUAAUAGAAACAUGGGUGGUGUUGAUCUAUCAGAUAUGCUAUUAGAAUUAUACAAAGUAAAUCAUCGCUCAAAAAAAUGGUACAUGCGAAUCGUGUAUUGGUGUAUAAAUGUGACAGUGGUGAAUAGCUGGCUACUGUAUCGCCGAGAUCAUAAGAAAUCUCUUGAAGGAACAAAACAUAUGCCACUUAUAAGCUUUCAACUAGAUAUUGCCAUAGAGCUACUUAAUGCUAAUGUGGUACGAUCCCGAAAAAGAGGUCGGCCUGCAUUGGCUUUAUUAAAUUUUAGCUCUCCAAGCUCAUCAACCGAUCUUGUAGAUCGAAGUUCUCCAGCUUCUUCCAAAGGGAUUGAAUCCCCAAAAUCUUCAUUUCCAAAGAGGCCUUAUGUUAUGGCUCCAGCAAAGGCAAAAAGAUACGACCAAAUCGGUCACUGGGUUCAGUGGGGAUCAAAAGGUAGAUGUAGAAUGUGUAGUAAAGGCUUUCCCAGGACAAAAUGUUCAAAAUGUAAUGUCCAUUUGUGCUCAAACCCAAAAAAAAAUUGUUUUUUACUGUAUCAUACCUAAACUAACACAGAAAAAUAAAAAUUGUUAUCAAAAAUCUCAUUAUUGUCUUCUCUUUUAAAGGUAAUAUUACUCAUACGUACGUACUUAUUUACAUAUAUGUAUGGACAAAUGUUGCCUAAAGGCAACAUUGCAGUAAGGACAUACCAAAGGACUUAGAGUAUCGAAAAUCGAUAUGAACGUUACUUGGGGUUCCUAUUAAUCAUUUAUGGCGUUAAAUAUUUUCUAUGUGUCCCCAGAUUAAUUUGGGCAUGA